GUUUGGAAUUUUCCACCACACACUUUAAGUGGUUACACAAGUCAUCAACAUAAAUCGUCUGACCGGUGUGGUGGUGUCAGCUGGAGCCAAAUGCUGGUGAAGAUCAGACCUACAGAGACUCUUCUCCAGUCUUCUCAUUUCUUUAGAACAUUUAAAACGUUUUCAAAACUUUUUAAAAAAAAAAUCAUCUGGACUGCUUCUGUUUCUUCUGCUGGAGAAAUGCUCCAGGUUUCUCCAGGCUUCGAUCUCUCCGGUCUCGGCUCAGCGGAGCAGCAGAGGGCGAGCGGGUCAGCCGGCUGUCAAAGGCUUCGUUCUUGUUCCCUUUUUGAGACGUCGGAUUUGAUCGAGUGCCAAAAGAACUUCCUCAGACCUCGGUCCAGAUCCUUCUAUACAUUUGAUCAAAAUGAAACCAGUGAAGACCAGCAAGCUUUUCAGGGGGAAGCUGAGAAACAAGACAACAGGGGAAACAUUCACACCAAACCACAAUCGAAAAGAUCCACAGCUGGAAUAAACAAACAUCUAAAUAAAGAUCACAGAGGUUUAAGAGGAAACCCUAAAAACAUCCCGAUGUUGACCAUCACCGAGCCGGACAGCUGGGAGAUCAGCUCAUCUUCUGCGAUGAAGUACGGUCACUAUGUGGACUGGGAGAAAAUCGAGCCAGAAGCUGCCUCUCGUUUCCAGAAAGUUCUGCACAGUAAUCAUUCAGAGCUGAAGGGAAUGGCUCGCUCAGGAUUCUGGGUAACGCAGCACACACUGCAUGCCAAAUCCUACCAUCACCUCAUUCACAAUAUCGAGUCUGCGUCUGGCGCCGAGGACUCGGAGACGUAUCGCUUCCUGGCACUCAGGAUGUUUGAGGAGCAUGGCAGGAGCACACAUCCUUUCCCCAAGUUUAUGAAGGAUGGUGAGAUCCCUCGCUACUGCCUGAACAAAUCCGGCCUGAACUCGGUGAAGAAGAUCCUCUUGUGUGUGAGCGAGAACUUCCCAGAAAUGACUUUUUGCCCCAUUUUGCCGGCUCUGGUGUCUCUGCUGCUUCACUACAGUGAGGACGAGGCUCAGUGUUUCCACAGCAUCUGCUCACUGGUGAGGUACACAGAUCCACAAAAGCGUUACAUCGAUCAGAACUUUGUUACCACCCACGCGUCCUGCAUGACCUUCGGUGACUUAGCCAACAAGUACUGCAGAGGAAUCCGUAAGCUAAUCGCCAGCUCCCAUCAGAACCUCUUCGAGUUCUACUCCGACUGGAUCAUGUGGAUUUUCGCCGACUUGCCUUUCAGCUACGCCGUCCGAGUGCUGGACGUCUACCUGGUCGAGGGCUACAAGGUUCUGUACCGUGUCGCUUUAGCACUGCUCAGCCUCUACAAGGUCUCGGUCAGCUCCCGAGUCGCCCAUGUAGAAGAUUUCAAACAGGACAUGAAGAGUUUUGUGGAGAAUGUGAGCCGUCACAGUAGCGUGGAGGCUCUGCUUCAGAGAGCUUUUAACAUCCAGCUGCCUACACGCAAGGAGCUUAACUUCCUCUACAGCUCUAACAAGCUAGCACUAAUACAGAAAGGGAUCGAGCACAAGAGCUCUUUUCAGAGUGUAGAUUUGAGGAGUUUCCGCUCCAGUGUGGUGUCUGAGAUGGAGAUACGUGUGGUGUGGGCCUGGAUCCCCGAGCGUUUCGCUCUCUUCAGCCCAGAGCGCCUCUACAGCACAGAUGAACACGGCAGAAACCUCGCAUCGUUUUAUGCACACGUUGAAGGCCACGAGCCGACCGUGCUGCUCCUGAGAACAGUGGAUGAGGAGGUGUGUGGAGCAUUUUUGUCUUCAGACUGGGCUCUGCGGAGGCGUGAUGAAGCGGAGCUGCAGUUUUUCGGCACUGGAGAGUGUUUUGUUUUCUCACUGAGACCAGCGAUGGAGCGAUACCAGAAAACUGUGCUGGACAUCUCAGGGAUGUCUGGAAUGAAGGAACCUUCUAGAUCUUCUUCUUCCUCAGAUUUCACUUCCUGUGAUGUGAUGACAUUAUCCUGCUUUGUGUCCCCGUCUGUGGCCCCUCACUUCAUGAGCGGAGAUGAUGAGCAGCUAUUUAUAGGUGGAGACGGGGAACACGCUCUGUGUCUCAGUGCAGGUCUGACAACAGGACAGUCUGGACACUGCGACACUUUUGAGAGUCCGAUCCUCUGCAGGGGAAAAUUCAGGAUCCAGAGUCUGGAAGUUUGGGGAAUUCAGAAUGAUCACACAGAAUAAAGUUGAUGCUAAUUAUUAAUUUAUUUAUAGAGUUUGUAUCUUCUAGUGAACAUGUAGUGGUGCACAAACACACCCAGCUAAUUUCAUCACUAAAACACAAAGAUAAUAAAACAACAACUACUGUGUGUCA